AUGCUCGCUACUGUAUAUCAAUCUAUCUUUCUAUGUUCGUAUCUAUCUAUCUAUCUAUCUAUCUAUCUAUCUAUCUAUCUAUCUAUCUAUCUAUCUCAGUCUGUUCAUUAUCUAUCUAUCUAUCUAUCUAUCUAUCUAAUCUGUUCGUAUCUAUCUAUCUAUCUAUCUAUCUAUCUAUCUAUCUCGGUUUGUUCGCAUCUCUCUAUAUAUAUCUACGUAUCUCUAUCUUUCUAUCUAAAUCUGUUCGUAUCUAUCUAUCUAUCUAUCUAUCUAUCUAUCUAUCUAUCUAAGUCUGUUCGUAUAUCUCUCUCUAUGUACGUAUCUCUCUCUCUCUCUCUUUCUAUGUACGUAUCUCUCUCUCUCUCUAUCUCUCUAUCUAUCUAUCUAUCUUCAGUCGAGACGAGCACAGACAAAGUCCACGUCAACCUUGAGGCGCAGAGAUUUUACGGUUUCAUUUACACCAAAUUGGGAGUGGGUUCUAUAUCUAUUUUUCUUAACGAUUUCUAUUUAUCUGUCCAUUUUCAUCUAUCAUAUCAUCUAUCUAUCUAUCUAUCUAUCUAUCUAUCUAUCUAUCUGCGCCUAUUCAUACUUCUCUUUAUCUAUCUAUCUAUCUAUCUAUCUAUCUAUCUAUCUAUCUAUCGCGCAGUUCGUAUCUAUCUAAUUUUUCUUAACUAUUUACCAAUCUAUCUAUUUCACUCUGUUCAUACCUAUCUAUCUGUCUAUCUAUGUAUGUUCAUAUCUAUCUAUCUAUCUAUCUAUCUAUCUAUCUAUCUAUCACGCUGUUCCUAUCUCAUUUUUCUUAACGAUCUAUCUAUUUAUCUAUUUCACUCUGUUCAUAUCUAUCUAUCUAUCUAUCUAUCUAUCUAUCUAUCUAUCUAUCUAUCAAUGCAGUUCCUAUUUAUCUCAUUUUUCUUAACUAUUUACUCAUCUAUCUAUUUCCCUCUGUUCAUAGCUUGCUAUCUAUCUGUCUCUCAAUCUAACUAUGUUCGUCCAUAUCUAUCUAUCUAUCUAUCUAUCUAUCUAUCUAUCUAUCUAUCUAUCUAUCUAUCUAUCUAUCUAUCUCAACCUGGAAACGACAAUACAACCAUUACCAUUCAUAUUUUGUUGAUGUUUUUUUCGAUCUAUCUAUCUAUCUAUCUAUCUAUCUAUCUAUCUAUCUAUCUAUCUAUCUAUGUCAUUCUCCAGCUAUCUACCUAUCUGUCUGUUUGUAUAUUUCUAUAUGUUCAUAUCUAUGUUCAUAUCUAUCGAUCUGUCGAUCUAUCUAGCUAUUUCACCCUGUCCGUAUCUAUCUAUCUAUCUAUCUAUCUAUCUAUCUAUCUUCUAUUCAUCUAUCUAUCUAUUUCACCCUGUCCGUAUCUAUCUAUCUAUCUAUCUAUCUAUCUAUCUAUCUAUCUAUCUAUCUUCAGCCAAGCUGGCCCAAAUGUAAUGCCCCACUCACUCUCUCCUCCUCCUCCUCCUCCUCCUCCUACUACUACUACUACUAAUAAUAAUAUCUAUCUAUCUAUCUAUUUUUUUUUAUCUAUCUAUCUAUCUAUCUAUCUAUCUAUCUAUCUAUCUAUCUAUCUCGGUCUGUUUAUAUCUAUCUAUCUAUCUAUCUAUCUAUCUAUCUAUCUAUCUAUCUAUCUAUCUAUAUAUUUCGGUCUGUUUACAUCUAUCUAUCUAUCUAUCUAUCUAUCUAUCUAUCUAUCUAUCUAUCUAUCUAUCUAUUUCGGUCUGUUUUUUUUCCUAUCUAUCUAUUUCGGUCUGUUUUUUUUCUAUCUAUCUAUCUAUCUAUCUAUCUAUCUAUCUAUCUAUCUAUCUAUUUCGGUCUGGUUUUUUUUUUCUAUCUAUCUAUCUAUCUAUCUAUCUAUCUAUCUAUCUAUGAUCGAAUCGACUUAUCCUUUUUUCUUACUUUCUUUCUUUCUUUCUUUCUUUCUUUCUUUCUUUCUUUCUUUCUUUCUUUCUUUCUUUCUUCUUAUCUUCUUUCUUUCUUUUUUCUUUCAUCUUAACUUCUUCCUGUUACCUUCUUUAAUCUUUUCUUUCGUUCUUUCUUUCUUUCUUUCUUUCUUUCUUUCUUUCUUUCUUUCUAUCUUCUUUCUUUCUUUUUUUCUUUCAUCUUAA